AACUUGACACGCAGAAAGAGGCUCAAGAAGUUGGGCAGCAGACGCUUGGAGGAAAAGAUGAGGUCGGAGGCUUUGUUGCUACUUGGCCUGCUUGCGGGGAUCGGCCCCGGGGAGGGAGGCAGCGACGUCGCCAUCGAGUGUCCGUUUCCAGAGGGCAGCCACCUCAACUCCCAAAGGGAGUGUGCCAAGUACAGUGCCUGCGAGUGGACGGAAGGGCAGUGCCACUUGAGAGCCAAUAGCGAGGCGGGAUACAGAGUUGUUUCCCGUGUGGAAGACAAUCGCUUUGGAUUCAAGGUACAGAAAAAGGAUCUAAUUCUACAUAUUCAGAUUAUUAGACAAUAUAUGCCAUGUUUCGACAGCUCCCCCGAGAAAUCGACCGUUCCACCUGUCGACAACGACGCUCAGAGUCUUCUGUUUGAGGUCAACUACUACGAGGAUUACCACGUCCAGGUCAAGAUUUCCCCGAGAGACGAGGAGAGAUACGAGGUCCCUGUUCCGCUCAAUCUUCCAGAGAAUCCAACUUCAACAGGCCAGAAGUACUUCGUUAAUACGAGUGAAGUUGGCGAAGCGUUUUGGUUUUCUGUUGAGAGAGCGGGAAGCAGCGAUGGGACGAGUCUUUUCAGCACAGAAGGCCCCCUUACCUUCGAGGAUCAGUUCAUCCAGGUAACAGCAGCCCUGACUUCGAGUUACCUCUAUGGCUUCGGCGAGAACACACACACGAAGUUCAGACACAGGUUCUCCCCGAGGCAAACCUUCCCCAUCUUCGCAAGGGAUCAGCCGGUUGGAGAGGGCGACAUGAACGAAUACGGUCACCAUCCCUACUGCGUCAACAUCGACCCGGAAACUGGCGAGGCUUAUUCUGUUCUGUUCUUCAACUCCAAUGCAAUGGAAUACUCGACCUUCCUUCUGGCCGACGGUCGACCCGCCCUGACCCUGCGCUCGAUCGGGGGCGUCCUCGACCUGCACUUCUUCCUUGGACCGAGUUUGGAGGAUCUUAAUAAGCAGUACACGAAUAUGAUCGGUAAGCCGGUCUUCCCUCCCUAUUGGUCGCUGGGAUUCCACCUCUCCCGCUACGGCUACGGGUCGACCGAAAAUAUCCGCGUGGUGAGAGAGCGAAUGAAGGCAAUGGGCAUUCCGCAGGACGUUCAAACCUGUGACAUCGACUACAUGAAUCGCUACAGAGACUUCACGUAUGACCUCGAUGCUUGGGGCGAUUUUCCCGACUUGGUUCAGGAACUACACAACGAUGACGUUAAAUUGACGUUAAUUCUGGACCCGGCGCUGGUCACCGACUGGGCCAACUACCCGCCGGGCCAAAGAGGGAAGGACCGGGACGUGUACAUCAAAUGGGCUUCUCCUGAGUACAUACCCGGUGACCAGGACGUCUCUUAUGCGGACUACAUGGUCGGGUACGUGUGGCCGGAUACCAAGACGGUUUUUCCGGACUUCCUGAAUCCGGAGACGCAGGCUUGGUGGGGAGACGAGCUUAAACUCUUCCAUGAGACCCUCUCCUUCGACGCCCUGUGGAUCGACAUGAACGAACCGGCCAACUUCGGCACCAACCUGGACAAGCCUUGGAACUGGCCGGCGGGCGAACCGGACUGGAGUUUGAAGUGCCCGUUCAGCCGACUCGACAGCCCGCCCUACCCCACCAAGAUGAUCCGUGUGGGAGACAACAAGAGUAAGAGAAUUAGUGAUCACACCAUCUGCAUGUCCGGCAGCCAGACAAACGGCAACCGGACUUUCCUUCACUAUGACGUCCACUCUCUCUAUGGCUGGUCGGAGACGGUCGCGACGUAUAAGGGUCUGCAGCAAAUCUUCCCUGGCAAGAGGCAAGUGGUUCUCUCCCGGUCCACAUUUCCCGGUUCCGGCCAGUACGCGAUUCACUGGCUGGGCGACAACUCUGCGUCUUGGAGUCAUAUGCACAUGUCGAUCAUAGGCAUGCUCGAAUUCAACCUCUUCGGCGUGCCAAUGGUGGGCGCAGAUAUCUGUGGCUUCUUCGGCGAGCCAGACAUGGAGCUGUGCGCGAGGUGGAUGCAGCUGGGAGCCUUCUACCCCUUCAGCCGCAACCACAACACCAUCGACACCGCUGACCAGGACCCAGCUGUUUGGCCGGAAGUCGCCGAGAUAUCACGGGAGGUCUUGCUGCUCCGGUAUCAGUAUCUGCCUUAUCUCUACGCCCUAUUCCAUCGGACACACAUGCACGGUGAAUCAGUGGUACGACCUGUGUUCUCGCUGAGCCCGAACGACCUAACUGCCCUCGACGUGGAUGACCAAUUCCUGUGGGGAGACGGCAUCAUGGUGGCCCCCGUCAUUACCCAGGGAGCCACGGGGAGGGAGGUUUUCUUCCCGGAGGGCGAAUGGUACGACCUGCUGACGGGCGUGCGAGAGGCCUCAGGAGCCGCUCACUCCAAGUACGUGGAGGCGCCGUUGGAGAGGAUUCCCGUGUAUGCGAGAGGGGGCGUGGCGCUCCCUUAUCAGGUCCCUGGACUUAAUACAGUGCAGAGUCGGAAGAACCCGUUGGGCAUAACCCUCCCCCUGAACGCGAGCGGCGGUGCGAGCGGCGAGGUCUUCUGGGAUGACGGCGACGGCGAGCACGCAAUGGGCGAAGCCUUCUUGGCUACGGUCGUCUUCGCGGAGGACGCCCUCACCAUGACAGUGACUCACAGCCCGGACCCCGUCCAGGGACUCAAGCUUGAGACCCUCCAGUUCUUCGGGUAUCCUUCGAACCCUGCAGGAGUCCAGGUUAAUGGCGUCGACCUACCUGCCUCCGAAUGGGCCUUUAAUGGCGAUGUCCUCUCGGUUUUCCUCUCCGUGCCUUUGGGGGAGGACCUGGCGGUGACGCUGACGUGAAAUUUGGUUGAGGGUACGGUUGAGAGGGGGGGGGGAGUGGAGGGGAGGUGGGAGAUAUGAAGGGAUUAGGAGGGAGUGAAGGGAUGGCGGGGAUAUGUAAGUUAAUAUAAGGGGAAUGUGAAGGAUUGGGAGGAUGGUAAGGGAUGGAGAGAAGAUGUGAAGGGAUGGGCGGAGGAUGUGAAGGAGAGGAGAAAAUAAAUUGUAUAGGUGAUAGGGAAGAAAUGAAGUACAAAGAAAGGACAUAAAGAAGAAAACGAAAUACCGAGGGUUUAAUGAAAAAAGGAAGGAGGCAAGGAGGAAAUUUUGGUGCAGGAAACCUGAUGAAAAAAAAAUGUAUAGAGGAAAUGAGGGGAAAAGGUCUUGCUGUGUUGAUUUCUUGUGUAUUUUGCGGUUAUGCAUCUUAAUAAUGUAUUUUUCUUCUCUUCCAUUGUUUGUGUUGAAAACGUAAGACAAAGAUUAAGCCAAAUUAACAAGACAAGAGUUUAUGAUAAUCAACUAAUCGGAAAAUAAAACAUAAUGUAUA